AUGCUGGUGGCAGUUCGAGAGUUCCGCCCCGACGAGGCGCACCGCGUGUUUGGCGGUUGUCCGCGAAUGCGUUACACAAUUAAUAACACCGGUAGUGAAGUUACAAUCGCAGAUGUAACGGACUCCAGGGCUCAUCAAGUGCUAAAGUGUGACCUCUUCGCUCAAUCAAACAGGAAGAUUUUUGAUCACGUUGUUCUGCCAGUAGCGCGUGCAAUAUUGCCUCCGUUUGCUUCGUCAGAAUCCGUCAUUGUAGUAGAUGGAACUGAAGUAACUCGUAACUGUACAUUGUUUGAUGCAACGGAAGGACUUUUAGCUCAAUGUUGUCGGUUGUUUAUGUCCUUGUCGGUGGAUUUAACUGCAGCGUUGUUAGAGGCCGUUUCAUUAACCGCCAUGGAGUUUGGUGAUGACGGUUUUGUAAAGGAUUUGAUUUUAGGUGUCUCAUUAGCUGCAAAUAAAAAAAGUAAAGCCGACCUUGGGGGUUCUAGCGAUGAUCAUGCUAGUGAGAGUGCAAUUGCUCUCCUCCAGGAUGUAUCAUGCUGUGAAAUAAAGGACGAAUAUGCCAUGAGAACCGUACUGGAGUGUGUGCGUGGAUCUGUUUCCUCUGGAUGUAGUCAAUUGUUCGGGUUGUCUCUGAGAUACGCCGCUUCUUCACGACAAAAGAACACAACGUUAUGGUUUGUAUCACUUUCUGCCUCAGAACGGGCACGUAGCGUCUGUUCAACACGACACUGCAUAGUCACGGCUGCUCAACUUCUCGAAUGCCGUGCGCCUCAUGAGGUGCGAAUCACCACUGCGCUCUCAUCUCUAGUUGAACCGGCGCUACUUGGCCGGCGUCCGGGGUUGUGGGUUUCAUGUUUUGCUCCCGCCACUCCUGUUGGAACAAAAUUCCCGGAAACGUUUAGGGAAUCAUAUCGUAUAGCUGCCACAGGAGCCCACGUGUAUGCUUCGCGCAACGGCAUCAGUACUUCUUGCUCCAUGUGCCUCCUUAAAGAAUGGAUCUGUGCCUGCAAAGGGGGCACAGCGACGCACAUUGCAGAUAAACAUGUUGUGGGAACUAGCAAAUUGGGGGAAAAGACUGACGAUUUUGUAUUUUACACGACGCGAGUAAAGGGACCCGAAAGACAAAUCCAACGUCACAUGGGAGGGGAAAACGGUAUGGGCGGAGGGAAAAGUUGCUUGGCUUCAAACAAAGCAUCUUACGAAAAAGUGGGAUGUGCUACAGCGGCUGUGAAUCACAGAAAUGAUACAAGUGGUGCUGAAGUUGCAGACGUUAACUCGAAGAGCGAUGAAUUUAUAAAAGGGUGUAGCAAUAAGUGCCAUGAUUGUCGGAUCGAUUCAUCUGCUCAUGGAAAGCACCGAUGCCCUCGGUGCCCUUUUGAAGUUGCACAUGGAACGUUGUGGUUUAGGUUAUUUGUUCACUUGCAAAGUGAGUUAGAUCGUUAUGCGAGGCGUGAGCACGUCUAUCGGCGUUGUGUUAUGAGCCUGAAAAGGGCCCUCGUUUCUCGGCAGGUUACUUCCACUGAAGCAGCGGAUAAGUCUGCACACCACAAGCAAGAGCUCCCUCUGCAAGGAGGGGAAAAUAAUCUUCAGGAAAAUUCUGGGUGUAAAGCUGAAAAAGAUGACCAGCGGGUUGAACGCCUUCGCGAGGAGUUUCGAGAGAUACAAAAGUCUGAUACGAGAACAGAGCGUGCUCUUGAGACAUUUCUCGAGGAACUACAAGAGGAACGGAGACGCCGUGAGGCAAACGAAGAGAAGAUGCGUCAGUUAUUGUCAUCUUUCAAUCCAAAGGAGUAUAACCACUCUGCGGAGGACUUAGUUUCGGUACUUCAGAAGAAGUGUGAGGCUGUGCAAUGUCGGGAACAACCGGUUGAGGAUGCACCAAAAGCUGAAAGAGAACAGUCCACUCAUGGUUCAGCGGCAUCGAAAACGGAUUGUGCACCUUCUGUGGAGCAGGUCCUUUCUCCAAGCAAAAUUAAACCUCCCUGGAUGUUGACUCCUUCCUCUGAUUCAUCACUGAGUAACGUAAAUGUCCUCAGAGGGUCUCGCAAAUCUUCCCGUGUGGAGUCUUCCAGUUAG